AUGGAUACAAUUCCCUUUCUAGCUCUAAGCUGGACUCGAGGAGUUAUCGUCUUCCUAUUCACUGCGGUUUUAGUCCUAUACUGGUAUAUUCGAAUCCCAUCCGAUAUGCCUAAGAAUAUUCCCACGGUCCCCAUCUACAUAUCCCUCAUAGGCCUCUGGAGUGAUAUGGGGCAAGACACCAUAUAUGAUCGUUGGCUUCGACCACCCCUCGAGAAGUAUGGCGCCGUGCAGAUCUGGUUCGCGGGCCGAUGGAAUAUUCUUGUCACACGGCCGUCGUACCUGGUGGAUAUGUUCCGGCAUGAAGAUGUAUACGCGAAAGCAGGCAGCCAGAAGAAGAUUCCGUGGAGUGUGAUUGCCGCCCUAGUUGGGGAUAAUAUCAUCAAUGCACAUGGAGAGAACUGGAGGCUUUUUACGUCCAUUAUGAAACCUGGUUUACAGAGGCGAAUUACAGAUUCUGGGCCGUUGUUGGAGAAGUCGAGGUUGUUUGUUGAUAUUUUGUUGGAUGAGCAACAGAAAUCUGGAAUGGGCGUUGCUGUCAAUCCCAUCAUUCAAAGGUGGGCAUUGAGUUGUAUGGGGUUGAACUUCAUGGGUGUUGAUCUUAAGUCGUUGGAAAGCCCCGGGCAACGCCUUGAAAAACUACAGACUAUCAUCAAAAAGACUCUCUUCAAACCAUUGUUCUUCAACUUUCCUGACCUGGACAAGUUCCCCUCUCUAUUUCGUCAACGAAAGGUAGCAUUUGCCAUAAUACAGGAGUUUGGAGAUCUGCUAUGCGAGACUGUUCGAGCACGCCCACGUGUGACUGACCAAGAGAGUGGCACAGAGCAAGUGGUUGACCUCCUUGACCGUGCCCUCAAGGAAGGCCGAAUCACGGAGGAACAAUACCGCAAUAAUCUCAAGGUCACAUUUUUAACGGCCCAUGAAAACACCCAGCAGCUCCUCAACUCCGCCUUCUGGGAGCUAGGAAACAACCAAGACGUGCAGAACAAACUCCGAGCCGAGAUCUUGUCCACUACCAAACUUGAGCCUUCAACGGAAGAUGUAAAUUCAAUGCCCUACCUCUUUGCCGUCGUCCUCGAACUUCUUCGUCUCUAUCCCCCGGUCUCUCAACUUAUCAACCGAGUGACAACGUUCAAAUCCGUUCUAGGCGGCGACAUUGUGAUCCCAAACCAUACAUGGGUAGGCUGGAAUGCUUUUGGUGUACACACAGAUACGGAGGUAUGGGGGACUAAAGCUCGAGAAUUUAUUCCAGAACGCUGGGGCAGCGACGUCAAAACCAUCCAAAAUGCAGUUCGCAGUAAAACGACCCAGUGUCACUUCAUCGCGUUCAACGCUCACUCCAGGAAGUGCCUUGGUCAGGGUUUCGCGGUACUACAAAUGAAGAUCUUGCUGUUUGAGAUGGUCCGGCGAAUCGAAUGGACUGUAGAUCCAACCUACAAGCUGAAACUAACAUCGGGUGGCAUACUAGCACCACUGAUGCUUCGUGUGAUUAUUCAGGAGAGGACAUAA